GAACCGAACCGAACCGAACCGAGCCGGGCUGAACCGGGCCGAACCCCCUCCUCGGCGCAACCGGGAGGCGCCGCACAGCGGAUACAAAAUGACUGCUCAAGUAACACUAGAGGAUGCCUUGUCCAAUGUGGACCUUUUGGAAGAACUGCCAUUGCCAGACCAGCAACCAUGUAUUGAACCCCCACCAUCAUCUCUGCUUUACCAGCCAAACUUCAACACUAACUUUGAAGACAGAAAUGCAUUUGUCACUGGCAUUGCGAGAUAUAUUGAGCAAGCUACAGUGCAUUCCAGCAUGAAUGAAAUGUUAGAAGAGGGUCAGGAAUACGCCGUCAUGUUAUACACAUGGAGAAGCUGUUCCAGAGCCAUUCCUCAGGUCAAGUGUAACGAGCAGCCUAACAGAGUAGAAAUCUAUGAGAAAACUGUGGAAGUUCUGGAGCCAGAAGUCACCAAACUGAUGAAUUUCAUGUAUUUUCAGAGAAACGCGAUCGAGCGCUUCUGUGGCGAGGUGAGGCGGCUGUGCCACGCGGAGAGGAGGAAGGACUUCGUCUCGGAGGCCUACCUCAUCACGCUGGGCAAGUUCAUCAACAUGUUUGCUGUGCUGGAYGAGCURAAGAACAUGAAGUGCAGCGUGAAGAACGACCAUUCCGCCUACAAGCGAGCUGCUCAGUUCCUACGGAAAAUGGCUGAUCCUCAGUCUAUUCAAGAAUCCCAGAACCUUUCCAUGUUCCUUGCCAACCACAACAAGAUAACUCAGUCUUUACAGCAGCAGUUGGAGGUGAUUGUUGGCUAUGAGGAGCUGCUUGCAGAUAUUGUGAAUUUGUGUGUGGACUACUAUGAAAACAAGAUGUAUCUCACGCCCAGUGAGAAACACAUGCUUUUAAAAGUUAUGGGCUUUGGAUUGUACCUGAUGGAUGGCAGUGUCAGUAACAUCUACAAGCUGGAUGCAAAGAAGAGGAUAAAUUUAGCCAAGAUAGACAAGUUCUUUAAGCAGCURCAGGUCGUCCCGCUGUUCGGUGACAUGCAGAUUGAACUCGCAAGAUACAUUAAGACCAGUGCUCACUAUGAGGAAAAUAAAUCCAGAUGGACGUGCACAUCUUCCAGCAGCAGUCCCCAGUAUAAUAUAUGUGAGCAAAUGAUCCAGAUCAGAGAGGACCACAUGCGUUUCAUUUCAGAACUGGCUCGUUACAGCAACAGUGAGGUGGUGACCGGGUCUGGGCGCCAGGAAGCUCAGAAAACAGAUGCAGAGUAUCGGAAGCUCUUUGAUCUCUCCCUGCAAGGUCUGCAGCUCCUCUCUCAGUGGAGUGCACAUGUCAUGGAAGUGUACUCCUGGAAGCUGGUACACCCAACUGACAAAUACUCUAAUAAAGAUUGUCCUGACAAUGCAGAAGAAUAUGAAAGAGCAACAAGAUACAACUAUACUAGCGAGGAGAAAUUUGCUUUGGUUGAGGUGAUUGCCAUGAUCAAAGGUCUUCAGGUGCUGAUGGGAAGGAUGGAAAGUGUCUUCAAUCAUGCCAUUCGCCACACCAUUUAUGCAGCUCUGCAGGACUUUGCCCAAGUCACACUUAGAGAGCCCUUAAGGCAAGCCAUUAAAAAGAAGAAAAAUGUCAUCCAGAGUGUCUUGCAGGCCAUCCGCAAGACGGUGUGCGACUGGGAGGCGGGACACGAGCCCUUCAACGACCCCGCGCUCAGGGGAGAGAAGGACCCCAAAAGCGGCUUCGACAUCAAGGUGCCGCGGCGCGCCGUGGGGCCCUCCAGCACCCAGCUUUACAUGGUGAGAACUAUGUUAGAGUCCCUCAUUGCUGACAAAAGUGGUUCCAAGAAAACCUUGAGAAGUAGCCUUGAGGGGCCCACCAUAUUGGACAUAGAAAAAUUCCAUCGCGAGUCUUUCUUCUACACUCAUUUGAUAAAUUUCAGUGAAACCUUGCAGCAGUGCUGUGAUCUGUCUCAGCUGUGGUUCAGGGAAUUCUUCUUAGAGCUGACCAUGGGCAGAAGAAUCCAGUUUCCCAUUGAGAUGUCCAUGCCUUGGAUUCUGACGGACCAUAUUUUGGAGACCAAAGAGGCAUCAAUGAUGGAGUAUGUUCUGUAUUCUUUGGACCUUUACAAUGACAGUGCUCAUUACGCUCUUACCAAGUUUAAGAAGCAGUUCCUGUAUGAUGAGAUUGAAGCAGAGGURAACCUGUGUUUUGAUCAAUUUGUCUACAAGCUGGCGGACCAAAUAUUUGCGUACUACAAGGCAAUGGCUGGCAGCCUGCUCCUGGAUAAACGGUUGCGUUCGGAGUGCAAGAACCAGGGAGCGACCAUUCAGCUGCUGCAGUCCAACCGCUACGAAACGCUGCUCAAACAGAGGCAUGUGCAGCUUCUUGGCAGGUCGAUAGACCUGAACCGGCUAAUCACGCAGCGCAUUUCCGCAGCCAUGUAUCGAUCCAUGGAACUGGCAAUCGGCCGCUUUGAGAGCGAGGAUUUGACAUCCAUUGUGGAACUGGAUGGCUUGAUAGAAGUAAACAAAAUGACUCACAAGCUUCUGAGUAGGUACAUGACCUUGGACAGCUUUGAUGCCAUGUUCAGAGAAGCUAAUCACAACGUGUCAGCCCCAUAUGGAAGAAUCACCCUUCACGUCUUCUGGGAGCUCAAUUAUGAUUUCCUUCCAAACUACUGCUACAACGGAUCCACGAACAGAUUUGUUCGAACUGUGCUACCCUUUUCUCAGGAGUUUCAGAGAGACAAGCAGCCCAAUGCACAGCCCCAGUAUCUCUACGGAUCAAAGGCUUUGAAUCUGGCGUAUUCCAGCAUCUACAGCAACUACAGGAAUUUUGUUGGCCCCCCUCACUUCAAAGUCAUCUGUAGGCUUCUUGGGUAUCAGGGCAUUGCUGUAGUAAUGGAGGAGCUGCUGAAAGUUGUCAAGAGCCUGCUACAAGGGACGAUUCUUCAGUAUGUCAAGACCCUAAUGGAAGUGAUGCCUAAAAUCUGCAGGUUGCCGAGACAUGAAUAUGGUUCUCCAGGUAUCCUGGAAUUCUUUCACCACCAGCUGAAGGACAUAGUUGAGUACGCGGAGCUGAAGACGGUGUGUUUCCAGAACCUGCGGGAGGUGGGCAAUGCUGUGCUCUUCUGCCUGCUCAUUGAGCAGAGCCUGUCGCUGGAGGAGGUGUGUGACCUGCUGCACGUGGCGCCCUUCCAGAACAUCCUGCCCAGAGUUCACGUCAAAGAGGGUGAAAGACUUGAUGCUAAAAUGAAGAGGCUAGAAUCAAAGUACGCUCCGCUCCACCUCGUUCCUCUCAUUGAAAGAUUAGGAACACCCCAGCAAAUCGCCAUCGCGCGCGAGGGGGACCUGCUGACCAAGGAGCGCCUCUGCUGCGGCCUCUCCAUGUUCGAGGUCAUCCUGACGAGGAUCCGCUCCUUCCUGGACGACCCCAUCUGGCGCGGGCCCCUGCCCAGCAACGGCGUCAUGCACGUGGACGAGUGCGUGGAGUUCCACCGCCUCUGGAGCGCCAUGCAGUUCGUCUACUGCAUCCCCGUGGGCACGCACGAGUUCACCGUGGAACAGUGCUUUGGCGACGGCCUGCACUGGGCGGGCUGCAUGAUCAUCGUGCUGCUGGGCCAGCAGCGGCGCUUCGACGUGCUCGACUUCUGCUACCACUUGCUCAAAGUCCAAAAGCACGAUGGCAAAGACGAGGUCAUCAAGAACGUGCCUUUGAAGAAAAUGGUUGAGAGAAUUCGCAAGUUCCAGAUUUUGAACGACGAAAUAAUCGCUAUUCUGGACAAGUAUUUGAAGUCUGGCGACGGCGAGAGCACCCCCGUGGAGCACGUGCGCUGCUUCCAGCCCCCUAUCCACCAGUCCCUGGCCAGCAACUAGGCUUCCCCCGUCCCCUUUUAGUUGCAAUAUUUUUUUCCA